CCUCCUUCUCCUCUCCUUUUUCUCCUCCCCUCCUUUUCCUCUCCCCUGUUCCCUCUUCACGACGAACCUAGAAUUUUGUUGGGGAGGCACAAGUUAAAAGAAAUUACAGUUAGGGGAAGCUAUUGGGUCAGAAGUGUGGCUGUGUCAUUUGGCUAAUCAUUCCGAGAAUGGAAUUGCUGACCUUUUGAAAGCAUCUGCCUCUUGAAGCAGAGCUCGACCACAUGUAUGUCCACAACUACCCCUUUCGUGAUGAGGUUUCCGCCCAAACUCUCAGGGUGAACUCUGUGUUUGGAUCUAAUGAUGUUGAGAAAAAAUGACCGCCAUCAAGCACGCCUUACAAAGGGAUAUUUUUACCCCAAAUGAUGAACGUUUACUGAGCAUCGUGAAUGUCUGCAAAGCUGGCAAGAAGAAGAAAAACUGCUUUUUAUGUGCAACAGUGACGACCGAGCGUCCAGUGCAGGUGAACGUGGUGAAGGUGAAGAAAUCGGACAAGGGCGAUUUCUACAAGAGGCAGAUCGCGUGGGCCCUCAGGGACCUGGCUGUGGUGGAUGCCAAAGAUGCUGUCAAAGAGAACCCCGAGUUUGAUUUACAUUUUGAAAAAGUCUACAGGUGGGUGGCCAGCAGCACCGCCGAAAAGAACACCUUCAUUUCGUGCAUCUGGAAACUGAACCAGCGAUAUCUCCGGAAGAAAAUCGACUUUGUCAGUGUCAGCUCCCAGCUCUUGGAAGAACUGCCUAAAGUUACAGAAGAAUCCGUUCCCAGCGGCGAGAAUCAGAGUGUGGCCGGAGGCGAUGAAGAAGCGGUCGACGAGUACCAGGAGCUGAAUGCCAGGGAAGAGCAAGACAUCGAAAUCAUGAUGGAAGGAUGCGAGUGCGCCAUCUCCAACGCCGAAGCUUUCGCAGAGAAGUUAUCUAGGGAGCUGCAGGUGCUCGACGGGGCAAACAUCCAGUCCAUCAUGGCCUCCGAGAAGCAGGUGAACAUCCUGAUGAAGCUCCUGGAUGAGGCGCUGAAGGAAGUGGACCAGAUCGAACUGAAGCUCAGCAGCUACGAGGAGAUGCUUCAGAGUGUCAAAGAGCAGAUGGACCAGAUCUCCCAAAGCAACCACUUAAUUCACCUCAGCAACACUAAUAAUGUGAAGCUCUUAUCCGAGAUCGAGUUCCUCGUGAACCAUAUGGAUUUGGCCAGAGGUCAUAUAAAAGCCCUGCAAGAGGGAGACCUCGCCUCGUCCAGGGGCAUCGAGGCCUGCACCAAUGCAGCCGACGCCCUCCUGCAGUGUAUGAACGUGGCCCUUCGACCAGGUCACAAUAUGCUCCACGCCGUCAAACAGCAACAGCAGCGGUUCGGCGACCUGCGGGAACAGUUCUCCCGGAGACUGGCCAGCCACCUGAACAACGUUUUCGUCCAACAGUUUACCCAAGCUCUCCUCCAGCUCUAUAACAAGUCCUACUCUCUUGCGGUUUCUGGCCACGACCAGAGCUCCACUCUGGCCCAGCACUCCAUCGACCUGACCUUACCCAAUCACCACCCCUUCCACAGAGACCUGCUGCGCUACUCCAAGCUGAUGGAGUGGCUGAAGAGUACCGAUUUCGGGAAAUACGAAGGCCUCACCAAGAAUUACAUGGAUUAUUUGUCCCGGCUGUACGAAAGAGAAAUCAAAGAUUUCUUUGAGGUGGCGAAGAUCAAGAUGACUGGCACCACCAAAGAAAGCAAGAAGUUUGCCACCCUGCCUCGAAAAGAAAGUGCUGUCAAACAAGAAACAGAGAGUCUCCACGGAAGCUCUGGGAAGUUGACCGGAUCCACUUCCAGCCUCAAUAAACUGUCGGUGCAGAGUUCCGGGAACCGCCGAUCUCAGUCCUCCUCCCUGUUGGAUAUGGGAAACAUGUCUGCCUCCGAUCUCGACGUCGCCGACAGGACCAAAUUCGAUAAGAUAUUUGAACAGGUCCUAAGUGAACUGGAGCCCUUGUGUCUGGCCGAGCAAGACUUCAUCAGUAAAUUUUUCAAACUGCAGCAGCACCAGAGCAUGCCGGGCCCGGCAGCGGUAGAUGCAGAAGAAAUUGAUGGAGGAGUAUUCUCUCGCUCACACAAUCCAAGCGCCCUGCAGACUGUGUCGUCCGAGAAAGACAUGAUCCGCAUGAUGAUGAUCAAGAUCUUCCGCUGCAUCGAACCCGAGCUGAACAACCUGAUCGCCCUGGGGGACAAGAUCGACAGCUUCAACUCGCUGUACAUGCUGGUGAAGAUAAGUCACCACGUGUGGACGGCUCAGAACGUGGACCCCGCCUCCUUCCUCAGCACCACCCUGGGGAACGUGCUGGUGACCGUCAAAAGGAACUUCGACAAGUGUAUCAGCAACCAAAUCAAACAGAUGGAGGAAGUCAAGAUCUCGAAGAAGAGCAAGGUGGGAAUCCUCCUGUUCGUGGCCGAAUUCGAGGAGUUCGCGGGGCUCGCCGAGUCCAUCUUCAGAAAUGCGGAGCGCCGGGGAGACCUGGACAAAGCCUACAUAAAGCUCAUCAGAGGAGUCUUUAACAACGUGGAGAAGGUGGCCAACGAGAGCCAGAAGACCCCCCGGGACGUGGUGAUGAUGGAGAACUUUCACCAUAUUUUCGCCACCCUCUCUCGUCUGAAAAUCUCGUGCUUGGAGGCCGAGAAGAGAGAAGCCAAGCAGAAAUACACAGACCACCUUCAGUCUUACGUCAUUUAUUCUCUAGGGCAGCCCCUGGAGAAACUCAAUCAUUUCUUCGAGGGAGUCGAGGCCCGGGUGGCCCAAGGCAUAAGGGAAGAGGAAGUAAGUUAUCAACUUGCCUUUAAUAAACAAGAACUCCGUAAAGUUAUUAAAGAGUACCCUGGCAAAGAAGUGAAGAAGGGCCUGGAUAAUCUCUACAAGAAGGUGGAUAAGCAUCUUUGCGAAGAGGAGAAUUUGCUUCAGGUGGUGUGGCACUCCAUGCAGGACGAGUUCAUCCGCCAGUACAAGCACUUCGAGGGGUUGAUAGGCCGUUGCUACCCCGGCUCCGGGGUCACGAUGGAGUUCACCAUCCAGGACAUCUUAGACUACUGCUCCAGCAUCGCCCAGUCUCACUAAACGCUCCGAAGGGGAAGAAGAUAAGCUACCGGGGCCGGGGGCGGGGCGGCGGGCCGGGGAGGGCCUUCCGGGAACACCAGCCCACACGGACCCUGUGACUCGCUUCGGCCAACGUGGAGGGUGGGCGUCCCCGAGGGUCACCCUCGGCCUCCUCCUCGCCCGGGGAACGUUACCGCCCUCCCGGGCUACCCGCCGACUUAAAGCAUUAACCCUCUGCCACUCUCGGGAACACUCGACGGGCAAGAGAUGCGCUCGGACUCCCUUCCGGACUCUUCCGAGUUGUGAUCCUGCUCUUCUGCCUACACUAACCCCCUCUGUCUCUCCCCUUCCCCCUCUCCCCCCAGCUUCUUGGAAAUCAUGUAAACUUUAAAGAUCACGGGCCAGGUUUUCUUUCCCCUCAGCCGCGUCCAGCUGCAAGAUCCCGAACCGGGCGUUGGGCGGGAGAAAUGUCCUCGCCUUGGGCGGGGGUUGGAGAAUUCUGGGACCGAAACCGGGAAAACGUGCUAAUCAGAAGUCGUGGAAUUUUCAAAAGCCCGACGGUUGGGUUCUUGCAGAAUUCGAUUAAAGGUUAUUUAUUGGGUAA